AAUCAAGCGAGAUUGUUUCUUUUUCUCCCUUCCUUCCUUUUUUUUCUUCGAUAAAAAUUCAUUAUUAAUUGAUUUAAUCGAGCUGAUAAAUUUCUUUUGUUACCAAUUUACUUUAGUCGUGCUACAGUACUCAUCAGAAAUUUAUUAAUGUGAAAAGGUGAAGAUGUUUGAAUUAUUAGUAGCUGGAGCCUUUCUAGGUUUUCUCUUCUAUUAUUUCGCGGUAAAGCCGAUGACUUAUUGGAAAGAUCGUGGAGUUAACCAAUUAAAUCCGAUACCGCUUUUCGGAGAUAUUUUCGGUACUUUAAAUAACAAAGAAACUUAUGCGGAGAUAAUAGAAAGGGCUUACAAAGCAGAUCCAAAAGCUAGAUACCAUGGACUUUACCAGUUUACGAGACCUACAAUAAUAAUAAAAGAUGUAGAUUUAAUUAAACAGUUUUCGAUUAAAGAUUUCGAACAUUUCAUGGAUCAUACGAGCUUCAUUUCAGAAAAAGCUGAUCCUCUGUGGGGUACCAGCUUAUUCGCACUUAAGGGACAAAAAUGGAGUGAGCUCAGACCAAUAAUCAGCGCUUGUUUUACAAGUAGCAAAAUGAGAGCUCUUUUCGUAUUAAUGAAGGAAUGCGCGGAAAAUUUCGAUAAAUAUUUUACGCAGAAAAAAGAGGACUCGAUUGAAAUCGAAAUGAAGGAAAUUAUAACUCGUUUUACGAACGACGUUACAGCUACAACGGCUUUUGGUAUAAAAACCGAUUCCUUGGCCGAUCCCGAAAACGAAUUUUAUCUAAUGGGUAAAGAAGUAUCGAAUGUGAGUGGAUUUUGGAAGAGGAUGAAAUUUUUGGGAUACUUCCUUUUUCCGAAAUUUCUAGAAUUUUUCAAAAUUAGAUUUUUCGAAGAACACAUAGCCAAAUUUUUCACUGAUCUUAUCGACGAAACUAUUAAAGUUAGAGAAGAGAAAGGAAUUAUUCGCCCCGAUAUGGUUCACAUAUUGAUGGAAGCUAGGAGAGGCGUUGAAAAUAAAGAAGAAAACGUGAUAGAUACAGGAUUCGCUGCAAAAUCUCACGAAUACGACUUUGGUAAAUUAGGCAAAAAAGUAACACAACAAAUGACCAAUCAUGACAUAGCGGCUCAAGCUUUAUUUUUCUUUUUUUCCGGAUACGAUUCCGUUUCUGAUUUAAUGUGUUUCAUGGCUUACGAAUUAGCCAUUAAUCCAGAUAUUCAAAGUAAACUCAGAAACGAAAUUCAUUCGACACUAGAAGAAUGUAAGGGAGAUCUAACAUAUGAAGCUCUUUUGGGCAUGAAAUAUAUGGAUAUGGUUGUAUCAGAAACACUCAGAAAAUGGCCGGCCGUUAUUGCUUUAGACAGAAUUUGUACAAAAGAUUUCACCAUUCAACCGGUAAAUCCCGGAGAAAAGCCAGUUACUAUAGAAAAAGGCACAGUCGUUUGGUUUCCGAAUUUGGCUAUGCAACGCGACUCUAAAUAUUAUCCCGAUCCGGAUAGAUUCGAUCCAGAAAGAUUCAACGAUCAAAAUAAACAUAACGUCAAUCCGUACGUUUACAACGCUUUCGGUAUCGGACGAAGACUUUGCAUCGGUACAAGAUACGCGCUAAUGGAAACAAAAAUAGUAUAUUUUUAUCUUCUUAAUCACUUCGAACUUGUUCCUAAUGCCAAAACACCGAUUCCACUCAAAUUUUCCACAAAAGCUUUCAAUUUGUUAGUAGAAGAAGGUUUCUGGUUCGAUUUGAAACAGAUAAAAAACUAAACCCAUGUGAAUUAUAAUGUUAUUAAAUAAAUAAAGUUGUUUCUGCUAUAUAUAAAAUGAAUUGAAGAUAUGUAUAAUAAUAAAUUACAAUAUUCUUGAUUAAAUAUUUUCAUCUGAAACA